AACGUUCACGGAGAUUUUAACUCCUCCCACUUUGCGGGAUAACGGCCGUAAGUAUACCAUUAUAGCCGUUCACCCCUCAGUGCAUCACAUGUGGGUCACGGCAUCUAGACUCGUAUACCGUUCAGUUCAGUGCAGUGCAUUAACUUAUAGUACAGCGCUCUGCGUGGCAUCAUACCCGUAGUAUUGAGAUGUCGUUUUCGUAUGCCGGUUAGGGCAUUGGAUCUGGCCCGCGCUUCCGCGUGAAAUAUUUAAUAUGUACUUACUCCCGCACCCCAUCAGUUCUGGUUCCUUGGACCAAACCCUCUAAAGAAAGUCUCACGAAGCUGUUGCGGGGUUGCUCUCCCUCCCUUCUCGUUCCUUCUUCUUCGCGCUUGCUCUCUCUACCUUACCACCACCACCACCACCACGAAUAACUCGCCUGCCGACAAUGGCGUCAGCUAGUGCAUCACCCCGCAGCCCACUGAGUCCCCAUAGUGCUGCUUCCCCGGGUCCACAGCAGGGUAUUGAUGGGGUGGCUAUCGAAGCAGAUGUAUGUCUGAUUGUCCCGCUUUCUCCCUUCCCUCCUUUUCGACCCGCCCCUUUACCUUGUUUGUUUGUUUUGUUUCCAUGUUUGCCAACCAUAUUGAUAUAAGGAAUAGACGGAAAUAGUGGAUGAUGGAGAUUCUGCAUUCGGUUCCGAUGUUUCGAGUUAUGUUACCUCUCUGUCAUCUUCUAUAACAAACUAUCGGUACGAGAAUGGCAGGCGCUAUCAUGCGUAAGUUUUGCUCUUCCUGAUAUAUCGCUGCUCGGGUUUGACUAAUUAUUUAUUUGCUGUAACAGUUUUCGGGAAGGGGGUAUGUUUCCUUAGUUGAAUUUACAGUAUAACGCGGGAUCCUAGCUCACCUUUUCCCUAUCCCAGCUUAUGUUCUUCCCAAUGAUGAGGUAGAAACCGCAUUGAAUUAUCGGGUUACCGGGGUAGUACUGAUUGGGGGUAUGGUGCUAGGCCGAGAGCGAUAGGCUGGACCUUCAGCACCAGAUGUUAUCUCUUUUAUUCGGGUUACAUAGAGCUCCUCUACAGAAUCCACAAAAGAUACUAGACAUCGGCACAGGGACGGGCAUCUGGGCCGUAGAAAUGGCGGAUAAAUUCCCAUCGUCAGAGGUACCCCAAACUUUAAACCUUUAGCCUUAUAAUUUAUAUUUAGCCAACAAGCAAUAUUAAUCACUGCCCCACUGGUAGGUAAUCGGCAACGAUCUUAGUCCCAUUCAGCCCAGCUGGUGUGUAAACCCCCAUUCCCCCAAAGUGAGCGACGAUCCCUAACAAAUACUCUCAAGGGUUCCUCCAAACCUUCGCUUUGAAAUCGACGACGCAGAAUCCGAUUGGGCUUACAGACUCAGUUCCUUCGAUUACAUCCACACCCGCUACAUGAUCGGCAGCGUCCUGGACUGGCCUAAACUCCUCCGCCAAGCCUAUGACUUCUCGAAACCGGGUGGCUAUGUCGAACUCCAAGAGAUCAAUUGCGAGGUGUAUUCGGACGACAAUACCCUCCCACCCAAUAGCGCAGUCGAGAAAUGGACUUUACUCAUGGCCGACGCUGCAAGAAAGAACAAACGUCCCAUGGACAUCUGCAGGGAACUGCAGCCCAUGCUCGAGGAGGCUGGAUUUAUCAAUGUCUCCCGCGAGGUGUACAAAUUACCCUCGGGUCCCUGGGCAAAGGACAGCAAACUCAAGGAGAUUGGCGCAUUUAACUUGGUGAAUCUAUUGGAAGGUCUAGAGGGAUUGAGUUUAGCACUAUUCACUAGAGUCCUUGGGUGGAGCGCAGAGGAGGUGAUGGCCUUUCUACCAUCCGUCCGUCAGGAAGUCCAGAGAAAGGAUGUUCAUCUCAUCUGGGACAUUUACGUCAUUUGGGGACAGAAACCGGAGGUUUAAAAAAAUAAAAUAAAAAUAAGCCAAUGUGUAGCCAAUAGUUCAAAAUCGCAUGGGGGUCCCAACUCACCUGACCCCAGAAUGUCAAAUUUU